AUGGCGUUUAUCAAUGAUGCACCGAUGAUCGAUUUUGAGGGGGACGAGAAUGUGGUCCUCGACCUGGGGGAUGUGCAGGCUGACCCUAACCUGGAGGCCAACGUCUGGCUUGUGGGUAGAGUUCUCAGCCCAAAACGCGUGAUAGGAGGGAUUUUCAGGAGUGUUAUGCUACGACUAUGGGAGACUCGCAACUGCAAGGAGAUUCGGCACGUGGGACCGAACCUGUUCUCCUUCGAGUUUGGCUCCCCCAAGGACAGGGACCUGUUUCUUCGUUCUGGACCAUGGUUAUUUGACAGGCACUUGGUGGUGUUGGAUGUUUUUGAUAUUAGCAAGGACCCUCUGCAGAUCCCAUUAACCAGAAUCCCAUUCUGGAUCCAGGUACAUGGGCUUCCUUAUACCCUCCGCACUGAAAAUAUUGCCAAGCUUCUGGGAGGAUCUUUCGAUGGCUACCUAGGGUGGGAUAAGUACGAGGCUCACAGGUACGGCUACUACUUGAGGAUAAGGGCUUGGGUGAAUGUCAAUGCGCCACUACGCCGAGGGCAAAUGGUGGCCACAAGGGGAGGUGCUCCGCUGCGAGUCACUUUCAAAUAUGAAAAAUUGGUGAAUUUCUGUUUCCGCUGUGGAAGAUUGGACCAUGUGCUCAGCAUCUGUAAGGGGGAGGCCUAUGGUGGGAACCUCCGCUAUGGGGCCUGGCUAAGGGCUGAGGAGGAAACCCCAGUGGGCGGUACCCGUAAUAGAGGGCAUGGAGAAUGA